GAAAAAAAAAGUAAACCGUUGUUGUUUUAUUUCAAAAGUUGGGAAAAUUUUGGGACGCACCUUGUAUUACAUGCCCAUUAUGCAAGGGCUUGCUGAGAAAUACGUAGGCCAUACAAUUAGACCAUUACAUGAAAUAGGAAAAAAUAUUAAUAUUUUACUACUCAAUAGUCAUCCUGCAUUCGAUUAUGGGAUUCCAUUGCCUCCGAACACUUUGGAGAUUGCAGGACUGAAUGCUCAGACCAUAAAACCGAUUGAUGGCGAAAUAGUCAUAACAUAUUCCGAGAUAAGAAAAAUUGUAUAUACAAUAUUAUAUUUACAAUAUAGUAAGAAGCAAUUAUGUUUAAUCGAUAUGCGCGCAUUCCUUGAUGGAGCAAAAAAUGGAGUUAUCAUAAUAUCGUUAGGAACAAACGUGAAAUGGAAGUUUAUCGGAUUAGACAAAGUUAUGGCUGUUUUAUUGGCGCUGUCAAAAUUAAAACAACGAGUAAUAUGGAAGUUAGAUAUUGAAGUGCCUUUUGAAAUACCGGACAAUUUGAUGAUUGUAAAAUGGAUGCCGCAAAACGAAAUUUUAUCUCAUAAGAAUGUCAGAGCAAUUUGGACUCAUGGUGGUCUUCUCAGUACACAGGAAGCUAUUUGGAAAGGUGUACCAAUGAUUGUAAUGCCUUUCUGUAUAGACCAAAAAUUCAAUGCACAAAAAGUAAUAGCUAAAAAUGCUGGAAUAUACUUAGAUAUUAAAACAUUGUCCACCCAGAUUGUUUUACAUGCAGUUGAAGAAAUACUUUACAAUGAAAGAUAUAUGAGAAACAUGAAACAAUUAUCUAGUGAAUUCCGAGAUCGACCAAUACCGCCGAUAGAUUUAGCUGUUUGGGGCAUUGAAUAUGCAGUCCGACAUCCAAAUGGGACUUUAGUAACUCCACUUAGAUAUCAAAGCUGGAUGGAACAAAAUUUAAUCGACGUUUAUGCAUUUUUAUUCUUUAAUUUUAUUGUAAUAUUGUUAAGUAUAGUUGCUAAAGAUAAAUCAGUCUUAAUAGAUUUAAUUGAGAGACUAUACAGGAGGUUUUAUGCAAUGAUGUUAAAUUGUUUCACUUUAUUAUUUUAUCUUGUUUGUUAUAUUUUAAUGAGCUUCGUGACAACGUCAAAAGCAUUGUCGAUUUUAUUAUUGGAACCUAUUCCAUCGACCAGCCAUCAUGUUUGGGCAGAGAAUUUGAUUAAAGGACUACUUCGCGAAGGUCAUCAUGUACAUAUAACGAGCAUACACGAAACUAAGAUUGAGGGUAAACUUGCACAGAACUUGACAUAUGCCAUAUUCGAUGAUGUGAUGAAAACUUACGAAGAAUCUGAGGAUUAUAAUCCGUCUGAGUGGGAACAGUACAGUGUAUUUUAUAUGGGAUAUUUUACAUAUCAAUGGGGAAUCAAUGCAUGUGAGGCAAUGACAAAGACUAAAGCAGCGAAAGAGCUUUUGGAAAUGAUUAAGAAUGUCGAGUUUGACGUUAUAGUGCAGGAUAUUACACUAACUCAAUGUUUCUAUGGAUUGUGGGAGAUUGCUAAAGGUAAGCCACCUAUAGUAGGUUAUAUUCCAUUUGGUCCUGCACCUUGGCUCAAGGAUUUUAUCGGUGGUCCAAGUUAUCCAACUGUUCGACCUUACACGCAUGCAGCCAUUGCGAAACCCGUAGAUUUGUGGCAGAGAACAUGGAAUACUUUAUAUUACAUUAUGGAUGAUCUCAUACGACAUUACUAUUUUUUACCUGCUGUUCAACGGCUUGCUGAGAAAUAUGUGGGUCAUGCAAUCAGACCAUUAUAUGAAAUAGAAAAAGACAGUAUUAAUAUUGUACUAAUCAAUAGUCAUCCUGCAUUUGAUUCUGGGAUUCCAUUGCCGCCGAAUACCUUGGAGAUUGCAGGAUUAAAUGCUCAACCCAUAAAAUCGAUUGUCGACGAGGUAGUCGUAACAUAUCCCGAGAAUGUGCGUGUAUUUCUUGACGGAGCAACGAACGGAGCACUCGUAAUAUCUUUAGGAACAAAUGUAAAAUGGAAAUCGAUUGGAUUAGACAAGGUUAAGACCGUUAUUUUAGCUCUGUCAAAAUUAAAGCAACGAAUUCUAUGGAAGCUUGAUAUUGAUGUACCAUUUGAAGUACCGGAUAAUCUAAUGACUAUGAAAUGGAUAAUGCAAAAAGAAGUUCUAUCUCAUAAAAAUGUAAGAGCGAUUUGGACUCAUGGUGGUCUCCUCAGCACACAGGAAGCCAUUUGGAAAGGUAUACCAGUAAUCGUAAUGCCUUUUUUUAUGGAUCAAAAAUCCAAUGCACAAAUAUUAGUAGCUAAAGGCGUUGGCAUAUAUUUGGAUGUCAAAACUUUAUCCACACAAACUAUAUUACACGCAGUUGAAGAAAUAUUUUACAAUGAAAGUUAUACAAAAAACAUGAAACAGUUAUCCAGUGAAUUCCGGGAUCGACAAAUACUGCCAUUAGAUUUAGCUAUUUGGAGCAUUGAAUACACUGUCCGCCAUCCAAAUGGGACUUUGGUAACGCCGCUGAAAUUUCAAAGUCGGAUACAACAGAAUUUAAUUGACGUUUACGUAUUUUUAUUUUUUAAUAUCAUCAUAAUACUGUUAACUAUAUUCUUUGCAAUAAAAAUACUUAUUUAUUUUUAUUAUAAUCAUAUAUAUAUACGGCAUCUAAAUUUUACAAAAGCAAACAGUCGUAAAAGCCGCUGAAAUAUAAUGUUAAUCACUAGUAGUGUAGUCGAAUCUUGGCAGGGCAUGGCGCCAGGAUACUUUUUUCGGAAGUCAAGCCUGACGGUGCGACGUCACACACACACACACACACACACACACACACA